CUCGACUUCAUCUGCCUAGUCCACUUAGGCUCUUCAGCUGAAUAUUUUGCAAGCGGUGAUUUGACGUCAGGUCUUGUCUCUGUCUAGCGCCAUGCAGUCAGACUCACUAAGAGCAGCCGGCACGAUAGACUAAUAACCCGCUCGGCCCACGGCAAACGGGCGAGGCCAGAGCCGCUAAAUCCCGUCACCCCCGCGUCUCCUUCGGGCUUAAAAUUCUCAGGGAUUCGAGAUCAGCACGAGUUCUCUUCGCCAUGCAGUUCCUUUUGCUUCAUAAAACAGGCGCCCGUCGUCAAGGAUCAUACCAUGGGUGCUGGUAGCGACAAGACCCUGCAAGGGGGCCCCGGGCUGCUUUCUACCUGGUGGGAUCGAUUCCGUUAUACGACCGUUCCAAUAUCAAACAACACACUGCAACACAAGCAGCCCCGAUGGAAGAGCUGGCUCCCUCAAGGUCUUACACAAGACUCUGAAGCAGGACGAGAAGGACGAGAAUGGAUCAAGGGGGCCGUUAUCUGCACCUGGAUCACGGCGACGAUCCUGACACUCAACUCCAUUAUGCUGAUUGUGGCACUCGCCUUCGCCUAUCGCCAGUCGAGCAACCAAGGUCAAUUUCAGAUGGUUGAGCUCUACACGGGGAAGUGUGCCUUGGCAGAACACUCCGCGACGGGCAUACAUGUAGGGAUCAACGUGUUGGGCACCAUCUUACUUGGGGCCAGCAGCUACGUUAUGCAAUGCCUAGGUGCACCCUCUCGCUCAUAUAUCGACCGGGCGCAUGCACGCUCGCGCUGGCUGAAUGUUGGAACCUUUAGUUUUCGCAAUUUUGCGAUAAUGAGUCCGAAACGCAAGGUCUUGUGGGGGCUACUGCUGCUCAGCUCAACUCCAAUUCAUAUGAUUUACAACUCGGUCAUCUUCUCAUCCAUUGCGGAGCUCGACUCCGGGAACCUCCUGAUUCCGCACGACCUCUCCUCGAACGAGUCCUUGGUCAAGGACGCGGCGAGCCGCAAGAGUUUCCGGGCCAGAGUUGGCCUUGAUCCGGGGACUGUGCAACAGCGGAUCUUCGAUGGCACUUUCACCAACUUGACAGACAAGGAGUGCUGGGCCACCCGGGCCGACGAGGCAUUGUACAGUACACUUAUCUAUGUUGUUGACAGGAAGUACUUUCACAAUACGAGUAGUCUGUGGGUAGACGGGGCAGAAUUCGCCUCCUCCGAGAACUACUACCCAGUGGAACCCGUCUACUGGAGCUAUCGCGUGUGGAACUACUCUACUGUUGCGGACGGGCAUCCAUACCAGUUCAACUUUGCCGACGAUUCGUUCGAAAGUCUGUGGAACCCCAACAACAACACCAAUACAAGCGCUGCGUUGCAAGCUGAUGUGAUGAGUCUGCUAAGUUACAAUUCGCAAUACAAUCCGACUCAAGGGGCUCUGCGUGAGUACUUGGACACCCCCUCACACUGGCAAAACAGCUCCUGGGCGGCCGCAACGACAUUUGAAUUCUUUAAAGAAGGCGACUUGGAGGAUGGAAUAUACCCAGAGGUUCCUGUUUCGCACUGUCUGGUGGAUGAAAGCAGACAGCGCUGCCAGCUGCUCUUCAGUCCCCCGAUUGCAAUUGUCGUCAUAAUCUGCAAUGCCAUCAAACUGAGCUGUAUGAUGAUAGCAGUCAGGACCAGGCGUAGAGAUUUACUUUUGACUACAGGCGACGCGCUGGCCUCAUUUCUCACUCGCCCAGAUCCAGUAACGCGUGGUCAAUGCCUGCUCUCCCGCGCAGAGGUGGCCCGAGGACUCCGAUUCUGGGGCUCCUCUGCACUCACUCCCGGUCGUGAGAAGGAAGGGUGCUGGGUGCACGCACAGAGCUCAAGCCAAAGCUCUAGCCCCGCUCCUAGUCCAACCCCUGGCCAGAGCACGGGAUUUCUGAACUACCCGUUAGACAACUUCCUACUAUCACCAUCCGCAGCCCAGACAACCACCGAACUUCACCCGAGACAGCUUACUGCGCGCAAGAGAUGGUACCAAGCUGUCAACUGGCCUCGCAGGGUAAUUGCGUUAUUCUGCUACAUAUCCUGCAUAGCAGUGAGCUUUGCCCUUCUCUUCCAUGGCAUCGGUGCCGAUACUUUCCAGGAGGCCAUGGCCAUCGGCUUCAGCAAGUACUCGGAAUCUUAUUUGGUCAACAUGAACACGACCAACAUCCUCGCCCUGGUACUGCUAGCCAACACGCCACAACUCGGCUUAUCCGUGCUCUACUUUCUGACAGACGGCGUGUUGACCUGCAUGCUUCUGGACGCCGAGCUCCAGCGCUACGCCACGCGCCGCCGCUCACUCCGCUGCUCCUGGCCCAAGGGCCAACAACGCUCGACCUACUACCUGACUCUGCCUUACCGGUACAGCGUGCCGCUGCUGGCCGUUUCCGCGUCGCUUCAUUGGCUGCUAUCCCAGAGCUUCUUUUUUGUGUAUAUCCGGCGGGUCGAUAUCACCCAGCGGUUCAUAGUGGAUGAGGCGCGGGGGUGCUGCUACUCCCCGUUGGCGAUCUUCAUCACAAUUUGGGUCGCUGUCGCGGGGCUGUUCGUUGUGGUGGGGCUCGGGUUCCGGCGGUUUGAGAGCGGGAUGCCGCUGGCCGGGGGUUGUAGUCUGGUUCUGUCCGCGCUGUGCCAUCCGGCUGAGGGUGAUGAGGGCGCGGCCGAAAAGACGGUCAUGUGGGGUGAAGUCUCAGGAGAUGCUGAUGCAAGGGCACGGAAUGACAAGAGAGGAGUCGACGAGAGAAAUAAGAUCAAAGACAGCCGGCAGCAGGUCGAAACAUAG